CUCAUCCUACGACGAGCAUCGUCACCACAAUUCGUACCGAAGUUAUUUGAGUCGCCAUGAUCCGAUGAAUACAUCGUCUCCCCAGGUUCCCACAUCGUUCGAUCCUGCAAUAUUUUUACAUUCCGAGGCCAAAUUCCCACAAGCCGAACCCCCGUCUACUUCCUACUCUGAGGAUCUGGAGGCACUACAGGAGUGCGUAGCAGAGCUCAGAGAACAGAAAACGAAACAAGGCAUAGUAAUCCAGCACCGAGCCUGGCGCCUUCCAGAAGUAUUCCGGAGUGAGGAGGACCACCCUAUCGAUACUCCCCUUAAAGGUUCUGCACACCGUCGAAUCCAGAAUUAUCCCUCCAUUGAUUCUAUCCCUUCUUCUCCUCCGAGCCUAACAAUGGCGUUGAUAUCAUCGCCCAUCACAUACCCCCAAAGCUCCGCGUUGCAAGCAGCAUCCCCGAAAAAGCGCAAACGAUCAGACGCAGACCGCAGCCCAUUGCGAGCUCGACAAGCCAACCAACCUCCCCAACAGCGCGCGUUCUUGGAUGACUCGGACGACGAAGAGGAGUUGGUCACACUCCAGCAGAAGAAACGAGCUUUAGACAUCCUCAGAGAUUUACCGUCGGCUCCCAGCAUUGUCGCAGACUAUACACCCCCGGCGAGCCAGGAAGACGUCGCUGAUCCGGAAACGGUACCUGUGGAUGAUCUGGAUGCAUAUUUCAAGACACCUUCGCCCACAAAGCAGCCGCCUACAGUAAUUGAGGAUGCCCCGGCUUCUGCUCAGCCGAGCCUCGGUCUGAUUGCUAGGACAGCAGCUGGAAAGCCAAUCUACAUAUCUAAGAAGUCGAAGAAGCCGUCGCUUUCUUACGAGCAGCUUAUUGCCUCUCGAUCAAACGUGGUUGAAGGGAGGGCACAAAAGAGCUAUUACGGCAUCGACAUCCACAGCCUAUUAGACGAGGCGAAAGCGUUGGACCAAGCGAAGGCAAUGAAGCAGGCUAGAGAAGAAGAUCACGAACGGCCACGACCCUCCGUCGAACGCCUUGCCACCCAGCCGGCCUCUGGCAAAGCUAGCAGAACACUCAUGUGGACGGAAAAGUACCGUGCGAAGAAGUUCACGGACCUAGUCGGAGAUGAGAGAACACACCGUUCAGUACUGAGGUGGUUGAAGGCGUGGGACUCCAUCGUUUUUCCCGGCACCAGCAAGGCGAAAGUGAAGAGCAAUAGGCACAAUGAUGACAAUGAGGAGCAGAAACAUCGAAAGGUGUUGUUGUUGACAGGACCUCCGGGGCUAGGAAAAACCACUUUGGCGCAUGUCUGUGCUAGGCAAGCGGGCUACGAAGUACAGGAGAUCAAUGCAUCCGACGAGAGAAGUCGCGACGUCGUCAAAGGCCGCAUUCGAGAUAUGGUUGGAACCGAGAACGUGAGAGGUGUAAACAUGAGCACUUCAAAUGGAAAGGUUCGAAAAGCAGGAAAGCCCGUGUGCGUUGUAGUUGAUGAAGUUGAUGGUGUGGUCAGUGGUAGUGGUGGAGCUGGCGAGGGAGGUUUCAUCAAGGCGUUGAUUGAUCUCAUUAACCUCGACGAGAAGAACUCCAAAGCGGUUGGUCAAGGGUCGUUCAAUGAAACGAAGAAAAAGCGGAAAGGCGACAAAUUCCGGCUUCUCAGGCCACUCAUUCUCGUUUGUAAUGAUGUCUAUCACCCAUCGUUACGACCUCUCCGCCAGUCUUCUCAUGCCGAGAUCAUCCACAUCCGCAAACCACCUCUAAACAUGGUUGUGAAUCGUAUCCACGAUGUCUUCAAGAAGGAGGGUAUAAACGCUGAUAGCGAUGGUGUCCGCCGGCUGUGUGAAGCAACUUGGGGUGUGAGCACCAAGAAAGAAGGUGGCAGCGGAAGUGGCACCGGCGAAGGCGAUAUUCGAAGUGUGAUGGUCGUUGGCGAAUGGGUCGCAGGUCGCCUCAGAGCCGCGAAAUCAUUAAACUCCGAACUGCCUCAUUUGACCAGGAGGUGGGUUGAAGAACAUGUCAUCAAUGAUCUCCAUCAUGGAGGCGGGGCUGCCAGGAGUCUCGGUCGCGGAGGUGCAAAGGAUGUCGUCGAUCGUGUCUUCCGCGAAGGUGCAGGCUUCCCAAAGCAAGCAGAGACCGGACCAGCUCGUCAAGGGAAACAAGGUCGCAUCGGCGUCGCCGAGGCUGCCAAACGGCGUGCCAUGGACAGACUAAGGGACAUGGUCAACACGAGUGGUGACUGCGACCGCAUCGUGACAGACUGCUUUUCUGCGUAUCCCGACAAGCCAUUUCAGGAUGACACGUUGCUCAGCAAACCGAGCGCUGCGUACGAGUGGCUCCAUUUCCACGAUACCCUCAACGCCGCAGUCCACGGAUCUCAAGAGUGGGAACUCGCGCCCUACCUCUCGAACUCCGUGCUCGCAUUCCACGACCUAUUCGCCUCGCCCCGCCAGCAAAGUUCCAAUCCCACAGCCGACCCCGAUGCAAUCCCAACCCCAUUCUCCGGCCCUGGUGCCGCCUACGCUGCAUCGGAGCAGCUGAGGGCAAGCCGCGAUGAAAUGAUGGGCCUCCAAUCGACACUGAGCCUCCCGCUCGCGCGCAUUUUCCGCUCGCCAUAUGAGAUCGCAACCGAGCUGCUGCCUUACGUCCUCCGCAUGCUCGCGCCGGACGUCAAGCCCGUCAUCGUGAAUACCGGCCCGGCAGGAUCCAAGUCGACAGCGACUGCAUCGGUCCGAAAAGCCUCGGAGAAAGAACUCGUCAAGCGAGCUGUAGACGCCAUGGCAGCGACCGGAGUACGCUUCGAGAAGAGCAGGGUGGAGACCGAAGACGUUGCGAAUCGCAGUGGCGGAUGGGUUCUACGUAUGGAGCCUCCACUCGACCAACUAGCAGCCUUCGAGACGCUGGACGGCAAGAAAGACGACAAAGUCCGAUUCGCCGUACGAAGCGUGCUGGAAAGCGAGUGGAAGCGAGAAAGCUUGAGAAUCGACGCUGAGUCACGCAGACGACGAGGUGGGCACAUGGAAGGUGAAGUGGCCCACGAAGUCGAGGAAGAGGAGCCGGCGAGCAAGCCCGCGACGAAGGAUAAGGUGCUGAAAGACUUCUUCGGCAGGGUGGUACCGAUCCAGGCGCCCGUCGAGGGGGAGAAACCGAAGAAGAAUGUGGACAAAGCGAAUGACGAAGAUCGCAUCUGGGUUACUUUCCAUGAAGGUUUCUCGAACGCGGUCAGGAAGCCGAUUACAAUCGAUGACUUGUUUAGAGGAUUGUAGAGUAGCGAUAAUACCCAAGAUAACUCUUUCC